AUGGUUAUGGAAAAUCAGAACCGCCCGUAUGGCGGCAUGAGCUUCGACAAUGUUUACCAUCACACACCACCACAAUUCACAGAUCCCUGGGCUGCAGCGCACACCUCCUCCCACUCGACACCCCCAGUCUACGCGACUUCCAUGGGCAAUGGCGCCAGCAUGCCCCUCGGCCAGAUCAAGGCGGAAGAAGUGAACCGCGCCAACAUGUCCAUGCCAUACCCCAGCGUCCCAGCGUCAGCGCCGUCAAUGGUGGCUGGGAGCACCUACGCGACCACCAACUACGGCCCCGAGGUAAUGGGAAUGCAGCACGAGGUGCCGCGCACAACUUUUGACCAGACCCCCUCCUACACCACCGCACCCCCCAAUGAGCAGUUUCGCGCCUUCUGCCUACGCUCCCGUCAGCUACGCCCCCAUUCACCCCUCCCCACAAGAUGCCCGUCGCAUCUCGCACUCAAGCUGACCAUUCCCCCCAGAGACGCCGCUCGUGUUGGAUCUACAGCUGCUGGCCCUACAUUCGGUGAUGCGCUCGACGCCAGCCGCGGAAUGGUCGCUCUCAGCCAGGACCUGACCCCGCGCAACAUCUACGGGCCCGGACCCCGUGGUGCGCGGAGCUCAGCUGAUUCCUACGGUUUCCCUUCCACCCACUCUUCCGCCUCGUCAAUCUCUUCCGGCGGCAACUACCCCUACUACAGCGCCUCAGUGGGCUCCGUCGACUCUUCCGUGACAGACUACAGCUCCACCACUUCUGAGUCAUAUGAAUCGCGCACUCUUCCACGUCCGGCCAGUCUCUUGGCCGGCAGUGCUCCCCCUGGUCCGCAAUCCAUGAUGAGCCAGUUUAGCUCGAAGAUGCCUUCCAACACGCAGAAGAAGCACAAGUGCAAGGUUUGCGAUAAGCGGUUCACGCGUCCAUCUUCGCUGCAGACGCAUAUGUACAGCCAUACUGGCGAGAAGCCAUUCGCGUGUGAUGUUGAAGGCUGCGGGCGGCACUUCUCCGUUGUCUCAAACCUGCGUCGACACAAGAAGGUCCACAAAGGCGAGAAGGACACCGGUUCUGGCGAUGACGACGAGUAA